AUGUCAGCCGGUGAUAUUGACACACUCUCCAACCUGUGGAAGGUGUCACUUCUCAAGAAUGGACUCACCAAUGGAGAAAUUCCCUUCACAGAUAGCCAAGACUUGUACCGAACCAUUGAUGCAAUACCACUGGGUGGGAUACCAUGGGAAUCAUUUUCAUUGUCGUACAAUGGAGAUGUCCCAGAAGCAUCUACCCAUGAGAUAGAUUAUGCACCUCUUUGCAAGUUUGAUGCAGACAGAAAAUGUCAAUUCAAGGACUUCAUGUCUGGCGACUGGGCAUGGACUCAAGCUGAUAAGAUUGCUGAAGACCCAAUUACUCAUGGGGAAAUGGUCGUACCAAUUAUCCUUGGCAGCAACAAAACCACAGUUUCAGUUGCUACAGGCCACAAUGAGUAUUACCCUCUUUAUGUCUCAGUGGGGAAUGUGCACAACAAUGUACGGCGUGCACACCAAAAUGCUGUUGCCCUUCUAGGAUUUCUUGCAAUCCCAAAAAACUAUCCAGAGCAAGCACUUUUAGCCUGUAUUGUUCAAGGCUGGUGUGCGCAUUGUAUAGCACUCCCAAAUAAUCUUGACGGUGAAGGCAAAAGACGUUCACAAAAGUAUAGUGAAGCAUUGACCAAUGUAUUCGGCCUUGACGUCUUAUGGGAUAAAUAUGGAAUAGUGGGUGACCUUGUGCCAUUCACAAACAGCUUUCCUCAAGCUAACAUCCACAAACUUCUGGCACCCGAUUUGCUUCAUCAAGUGAUAAAAGGAACAUUCAAAGAUCAUUUGGUUAGCUGGGUUGAAGACUAUUUGAUGCAGACACAUGGAAAGGGUUGUGCAGAAGAGAUCAUGGACAGUAUAGACCGGCGCAUUGCUGCAGCUCUAUCAUUUCCUGGCUUGCGCAGAUUUCCCGAAGGAUGUGGGUUCAAGCAAUGGACUGGCAACAAUUCCAAAGUGUUAAUGAAGGUCUACCUCCCCGCAAUUGAAAGACAUGUUCCACCUGAUGUGACAAAAACUUUUCGGGCAUAUCUUGAGUUUUGUUACUUAGUUCAACGGAAUGCUCACAACAAGACCACACUGACACGCAUCCAAGAUGCCCUUGAUUGUUUCCAUCAAUACUGCACUGUGUUUCAGACCACUGGGGCUGUCAAAGAGCCAUGGCGCCGUUCCAACCGUUAUAAUGCACUUGGGCAAAUGCUACUCACAAACCAAAGGCUUGACAAACUUGCAGCCUUGCGAGUCGAUUUUAUAGAGUGUGGCAUGCUCUCUGGAAAUAUUAUGAGCCCUCAGGCUGCUGUAGAAGGUGGCGUCAAUAUCAACACUGGUGAUCUUGAAAGCGGUCCGGUUUUAGGGCCACCUACUGUGGCACAUCAACAUCUACAUGAUUCUGAUGCACCAUGUGCAGCCAACAUCAUCCUUUCCAAUUGUCCAGCCGGGUCACUCAACGCAAAGAUAUUGGUAUUUCACUCAGCUACAGCCAUGUUCUAUGCCCCAAGUGAUGAAAGUGGACUCAGAGGUAUGCAUCAAGAAACUAUAUGUGCUUCUCCAUCAUGGUGGAGAGGACCUUCUCGGCAUGACUGUGUCUUUGUCGAGAGGGACUGGGAUGCAGGGAUUGGAUUGCACUGGUUCUCAAAAGUCCAAGAAGAGCCCAACAACCUCAUCGGUAUCUGGAUGGUCCGUCCAGACUUCAAUGAGGGCCUAUCACCAACAACUGAGGUGAUCCACCUUGACUGUAUCCUACGAGCCACGCAUCUCCUUCCUGUUUUCGGUGACGACAGCAUUCCCCAGCAGAUAUUGUUUCAUAACUCACUUGAUGCUUUUGCAUCAUUCUAUGUCAACAAAUUUAUUGAUCAUCACGCUUUUGGAUUAGCAUCUUAG